AUGCAUCGCACAAUCUUUGUUCUAUGUGUGCCUCUCGUUUGCUUCCUAUUAGUCUCGACCAGUCUAUACCUGGGUCGCGAUCAUAUAACUCGACUCUCAGAAACAUACCUUCCUCUUUACGCACCCGGUCUUGCAACAACAUCUACAGAAAUAUCAUCCUCUCCCUCAAGUUCUACAUCAAUAUUAGCAUACACAGUUUACGCUGAGAAGCCAACUUCAUAUACAAACAUCGACUCUCCCACAUCAACAGCAUCAUCUUCUACUGCCUCAGCUACACCAACAAAAUCCGCCAUCCCCAUUGCAAAUGGUUCUGUCUUGUCUACCGAGCGCCUCACUCCUUACAUCCACGCCAUUCUCGAUCCCUUAUCCAAAGAACGACUGAGGUUACAAUGUCCUCCCUUGGAUACCAAGCGAUACAAGAGCCUUCAAAGCAACAAAAACACUCGCACAAACGACGACAAUGAGCAACCCAUUGAUUUUUACUUUGCCCUUAAUUUGCGCAAUGUCGUCAACCUUCUCCCCCGUCUCAUGGGUAGUAUUGUUGAAACAAUCAAGUACCUCGGGCCCGAGCGAUGCGCACUGUCAAUUGUCGAGGGCAAUUCCCCUGAUGGCACCGCCGAUGUUCUUGUCGCUUUACACCCGUUCUUGGAAGAAUUGGGCAUAAAAUAUUUUUACAACAACUCGGCCAUCAAUCCGUCUAAAGGACCACGCAUUCGU